CGUCGGCUGCUGGCAUGGUAUCUGCGGUAUCCUGUGAUCACCGUUGCCUGGUACAAUGACACAUUGAGGUCGUUUUGUCCCAUUUUAAACAUUCAUGCUUUCUUUGGUUUUUGUCAGCUAGUAACGUGAGUGUUUAUGACAACAAUGCGCCCAUUUUUCGCUUUCGCAAAAACCGGGUUACUGGGGCCUUUACUUGGACGGCAGCCCUGCUCGGCUGGUUUCGCUAGGUACUCCACUUCACUAAAGCCAGCUUUAACGACCAAACCUCGUUAUUGUCUAGAUGUACUAGACUAUAAAAUUCACAUCGAAAUUGUUGGCGAUGGGCCUCGACCGGUUGUCCUGCUACCCGGUGCGAUUGGCUCUACUCGUACAGACUUUGGGCCUCAACUUGAUAAAUUGAACAGGCAACUGUUCACCAUAAUUGCAUGGGAUCCUCCUGGUUAUGGCUUCAGCCGACCACCAGAGCGAACCUUUCCUCUUGAUUUUUACCAAAGAGAUGCUCGAGUGUUGGCUGAAGUCUUGCAUAAACUGGGGCACAAGCAAUACUCCCUCGUUGGUUGGAGUGAUGGUGCAAACACUGGAAUGAUAUUAGCAGCGAUGUACCCAGAGCGCGUUCAGAAACUCGUUGCUUUUGGAGGUAAUGCUUAUAUCACUGAGCAUGAUGUUCAGCUACUCGAAGCCACGAGAAACAUUGACAAAUGGAGCGAAAAGAUGCGGGCUUCAAUGGAAGCUCUCUAUGGGACUGAGAACUUUCGCAAGUUGUGGUCCAGCUACUGUGACAUUUACCAGGACCUUCUGCUCAAAAACCAUGGGGAUGUGUGCCGCAAUGAGCUGCCACUAAUAAGGUGUCCAACACUAAUAGUGCAGGGAGGCAAGGAUCCACUAGUGCCAAUGCAUCAUGCCCUCUACUUGCUGCAGCACAUUGCAAAAGCAAAGCUAUAUUUGGUACCUGACGGAAAGCACAACCUGCACUUCAAGUAUGCUGACGAAUUCAAUCAAGCUGUUACUGAGUUUUUAAUCAGUUAAUAUGGCUGAAUCAUGGUAGGCUAGCAAGACUGCCACAUUU